AUGAGUAAAGUUUUCUUUAUUUUUGUUUGUUCUCAGAGUUGUUGGGGACAAGACAGCUACAGCCCACUCUUCAAUGAUGCCUUUGAGGUGAUACAUCACCAACAACCCCCGCCCUUCCACCAAGAACCCCCUCUCCAGUAUAUUCGAAGCAAGUAUCUCACUCCUUUACCUCCGCCGGCCGCCGGUGGAGUUGAGUUUAUUGGGCACCAGAUAACGUUGUCGCGUUGGGUAACCCUCUUCCCUUCUCGUCCAGGUCCUCCUCCGCACUCCAUGCACAGCCUCCAGCACCACCCGGACGCGGGGUCUACGCCGUACCAAAUCCUAGACAUCCAACCCCAGCGACUCCACGACAUGGUGGAUUUCAACAUGGAUAGCACCAAGCUGAUGUACGAGAGCGGGGUCCAGAUCCCAAACUAUUACCCAGAGAGUCACAUUCCGGAUUUCUUCAUCCCAAGGCAAGGGAAAGGCAGAAAGAGGCUUCGCCUGUACGAGUUCCUGAGCGAAUCCCUGCGUGACUCGGAGAUGUCCGACUGUAUCCAGUGGGUGGACAGGAAGAGCGGGGUCUUCCAGUUCAUCUCCAAGAACAAGGAGAAGGUGGCCGAGAUGUGGGGCCGGAGGAAGGGCAACCGCAAAACCAUGACCUACCAGAAGAUGGCCCGGGCCCUGAGGAACUACAGCCGCACCGGUGAGAUCGUCAAAGUCCGCAGGAAGCUCACCUACCGCUUCGAUGCCCAGUUGUUGCAGAGACUGGGAGCGGAGGCGGCCUCCCCCUACCCGCUCACUGACCAGCAGCACUACACCUGUGAGCACUGGCACUACAACUGCACCUACAACGAGCUGUUGCAGGAGGGUGCCACGUGAUCUGUCCCCACCCUCGCAGGCUGCCUUUAUAAACACAAGAGGGUAUCCACAAAUUAACCCACCUCUGGACAAACAUGGUUUCUACUCUGUAAAUAAGUCUUGGCCCUUUUUUAAUCUGCGUCGCUGUAUCUGUAUGUCUAUGUGUGUGUUUCUAUUUCUAUGCGUGAAUGUGUGUGUCUGUCUCUCUGUGAGUGUUUGUCUUUGUGUGUGAGAUCGACAUGUGUAUCUGUGUGUGUCUAUGUGUCUCUCUCUAUGUGUGUAUCUAUGUGUAUGUGUCUAUGUGUGUAUCUCUGCCUGUGUCUGUGUGAGUGUGUGUGCGCGUGUGUAUCUAUCUCUGCGCAUGUAUGUGUGCCCAAACCACAGCGUUACUCCAGCACUUUCUGUUUUGCCCAAGAUUCCAGCAUCUGCACUCGUGUGUCUAUGUAUG